AUGACGGAGGCGGCGGGGCUGGUGCCCAAGCGCAUCCUGGUGACGGGUGGCACCGGCUUGGUGGGGAGAGCCAUCGAGAAGGUGGUGGCUGAUGGAGAGGGGCGGCCGGAUGAGGAGUGGAUCUUCGUGUCCUCCAGAGACGCCGACUUGACGAAUGCUGUGGAGACCAAAGCCCUCUUCGAGCAGCACAAGCCCACCCAUGUCAUCCACCUGGCCGCCAUGGUCGGGGGCCUCUUCAAAAACAUUCGCUACAACCUGGAUUUUUGGAGGAGAAACAUCCAUAUCAACGACAAUGUCUUGCACUCGGCCUACGAGACGGGCGUGCAGAAGGUGGUCUCCUGCCUCUCCACCUGCAUCUUCCCGGACAAGACGACAUACCCCAUCGACGAGAGCAUGAUUCACAACGGGCCACCUCACAGCUCCAACUUUGGCUACUCCUAUGCCAAGAGGAUGAUUGAUGUCCAGAAUAGGUGCGGGGGGGACACACAGGAGAGCCUUUGUGGGCUGUGGGCACCCUCCAGUUAUCAGGGCAAGGAGAAUCCUCCAGGGCUCCCAGAAAUUGAAUGGAGCUGGGGAAGAUCCCUGGGCUCAGCAGAUGGAGAUGCUGCUGGCUGGGGUCUUCUGGGGACAGCUCUGUGCCUGGAGCGGCGCAUCCGGGUGACGGGUGGCACCGGCUUGGUGGGGAGAGCCAUCGAGAAGGUGGUGGCUGAUGGAGAGGGGCGGCCGGAUGAGGAGUGGAUCUUCGUGUCCUCCAGAGACGCCGACUUGACGAAUGCUGUGGAGACCAAAGCCCUCUUCGAGCAGCACAAGCCCACCCAUGUCAUCCACCUGGCCGCCAUGGUCGGGGGCCUCUUCAAAAACAUUCGCUACAACCUGGAUUUUUGGAGGAGAAACAUCCAUAUCAACGACAAUGUCUUGCACUCGGCCUACGAGACGGGCGUGCAGAAGGUGGUCUCCUGCCUCUCCACCUGCAUCUUCCCGGACAAGACGACAUACCCCAUCGACGAGAGCAUGAUUCACAACGGGCCACCUCACAGCUCCAACUUUGGCUACUCCUAUGCCAAGAGGAUGAUUGAUGUCCAGAAUAGGUGCGGGGGGGACACACAGGAGAGCCUUUGUNNNNUCACCGCCGUCAUCCCCACCAACGUCUUCGGGCCGCACGACAACUUCAACAUUGAGGAUGGCCACGUCUUGCCGGGGCUCAUCCAUAAGGUCUACCUGGCCAAACAGACCGGCUCAGCUCUGACCAUCUGGGGCACGGGCAAGCCCAGGAGACAGUUUAUCUACUCCCUGGACCUGGCCCGGCUCUUCCUUUGGGUCCUGCGGGAAUAUGAUGAGGUGGAGCCCAUCAUUUUGUCAGUGGGAGAAGAAGAUGAAGUCUCCAUCAGGGAGGCAGCGGAGGCGAUCGUGGAGGCCAUGGACUUCAGUGGAGAGCUUGUUUUCGACACCACCAAAGCAGACGGGCAGUUCAAGAAGACGGCCAGCAACGCCAAGCUACGGCGCUACCUGCCUGGCUUCCAGUUCACACCCUUCAGGCAAGCCGUGAAGGAGACCUGUGCCUGGUUCAGUGCCAACUACGCCAACGCCAGGAAGUGACGGGCCAACGCGGCACCAGGACCGGCAUCACCCGGCACCAUCCUCUUCAACUCAGGGUUGUCCU